UCCCUCCCCGCUGUACGGGGGCUCUCAGCUCCCCGGCUCCUUCCCCCUUCACCUGGUCGCUGCCGUUCGGUGCCGCGGGGACCGGGACCGGUGCGGGGACCUCGGCGCUGCGUUGUCGCUCUCGGCGGCGGUGUCUCUUUAACGGGCGGCUGUACGGACGCGGGAGGCUGCGUGUGCGCGCGUGUGCGCGCGUGUGCGUGUGCGAGCCUCUCGCGGCUGCCCUGCACCGAGCCGGAUCCGGCCCUCUCCCCUCCCCACCGCUGUUGUUUUUUUUUUGUUGUUGGCUUUUUUUGUGUGUGUGUGGUUUUUUUUUGUCGGCUUGAGGCCGAGCGGCAGCGAGCACCCAUCUUCCUCCUCUUCUCUCUUCCUUCUCCUCCUCCUCGAGGUUUCCUCGCGCAGGAAAGGAGCGGCUGUCCGCGCACGGCAUGGCAUGAGCUGGGAGAGCUGGAGAGAGACCCGUGGAAGAUGUCGAACCCGAGAAACGGCGACACCAAGCCCCCAUGUUUGCCUCGCAAUGGACUGGUGAAGAUCCCCACACAGCCCAACGGCCUCGGCUCUGCCAGCAUCACCAAAGGCACCCCUGCCGUGAAAAACCGCCUGUGCCAGCCUUCCUCCGUGCCUGCCAUCCUCAGCCCAGCCUUAGCUCCCCGCAGCGACCUGCCCAUCCCCAGCCUGGCCUCACCGCUGUCCCUGGCCGCUCUGGCUGGCGUCUCGUCCCCUCCCGGCACCUCCUUGGUGGCACUGAACUCGAGCGAGGCCAUUCCAGGCUCUGAGCAUCCCUCUCCAGAACGGCUGCCCGGUUCACCCUCAGAGAGGCAGCUGGUGGUGGAUGAGAAGAUCCUCAACCGCCUCUUCUGGUACUUUUCGGCUUGUGAGAAGUGCGUGUUGGCACAGGUGUGCAAGGCGUGGCGGCGAGUGCUCUACCAACCCAAAUUUUGGGUGGGUCUGACACCUGUCCUCCACACCAAAGAGCUCUACAAUGUCCUGCCUGGUGGCGAGAAAGAGUUUGUCAGCCUGCAGGGCUUUGCUGUGCGGGGUUUUGACGGUUUCUGCCUCGUGGGCGUCUCCGACCUGGACAUUUGUGAGUUCAUUGACAACUACCCCUUGUCCAAGAAGGGGGUCAAGUCUAUGAGCCUUAAAAGGUCAACCAUCACGGAUGCAGGGCUGGAGGUGAUGCUGGAGCAGAUGCAGGGUGUGGUGCGGCUGGAGCUGUCAGGCUGCAACGACUUCACAGAAGCCGGGCUGUGGUCGAGCCUCAACGCCCGCAUCACAGCGCUGAGCGUCAGCGACUGCAUCAACGUGGCUGAUGAUGCCAUCGCAGCCAUCUCACAGCUCCUGCCCAACCUUGCCGAGCUCAACCUGCAAGCUUACCAUGUGACGGACACGGCUCUCGCCUACUUCACCGCCAAGCAGGGUUACACCACGCAUACCCUGCGCCUCAAUUCCUGCUGGGAGAUCACCAACCACGGCGUGGUCAACAUGGUGCACAGCUUGCCCAACCUGAGUGUCCUCAGCCUCUCGGGCUGCUCCAAGGUGACAGAUGAUGGCGUGGAGCUGGUGGCUGAGAACCUGCGCAAGCUACGCAGCCUUGACCUGUCCUGGUGCCCUCGCAUCACUGACAUGGCCCUGGAGUACAUCGCCUGUGACCUGCACAAGCUGGAGGAGCUGGUGCUCGACAGGUGUGUGCGGAUCACUGACACUGGUCUCAGCUACCUGUCCACCAUGUCAUCCCUGAGGAGCCUUUACCUGCGCUGGUGCUGCCAGGUGCAGGACUUUGGCCUGAAGCACCUCCUGGGCAUGGGCAGCCUACGCCUCCUGUCUCUUGCUGGCUGCCCCUUGUUGACCACCACGGGCCUCUCAGGGCUGGUACAGCUGCAGGAGCUGGAGGAGCUGGAGCUCACCAACUGCCCCGGAGCCACUCCAGAGCUCUUCAAGUACUUCUCCCAGCACCUGCCCUGCUGCAUGGUCAUCGAGUAGCGUCCACGUGAUGGGGACCAGCCCCCCUAAACCCAGCUGCAACGGCACCCAACCCAUUUCUUCCCGUCAGCAGGAUUAGGGGGGGUGCAAAAGACGCUGCCCAUUCAACUGACCCACAUGUAAAGCCCCCGCCUCGACGACCUGGAUGCCAGCACCCCCCCCCCCACACUUGCCACCGAGGGGCCCAGGCACGGCAAGAGGAGAUCCCUGCUUUUUGGCACCCAUGGGUGCUGCACGGAUGGGAGCCUGGGACCCCCUGCACAGAGCCAUGGGCACCCCCGGAUGGGAGAAACAAGCCAACCCCCCCCGUGCUGUGCGUCCCCCCUCGCCCAUCCAUAGGAUGCUUUCCUCCACCCUCGCAUGCUCGCUUGCUUCAGUCUCGUGGCACAGCAGGGGGGACAGUGACAAGUGGCACCCGCCACCCUGCUGCCACCCAGCCCCUCCGCACAGCUCUCCUAGUUGGGCCGUGGUCUCCCUCCCCCCCUCAAACAUCACUGUGCCCCAUUUCCACUGGGGACAGUGGGGCAACAUCCCCUUGAUGCUAGGGGCUGUCAUCCCUUUACUGCCUGGGGAACAUGGAGGGAUGUGGGGCCACCGCUGCUGUGGCCACCCUAUGUCCAGAGGUAAUUCAUCUGUCUGGGAUGGGUCCCACUGUCCCCAUGGGGCUGGGGGUCCGGCCCUGUGCCCCGCUGCGGCUCGCAGGUGGCACGGGGACAGCGGGGUCACCGAGCGAAGGCAGGGGGACGUCACCUCGAGAUGCAACGCCGCUUCUUCCAGACCUAAAGCCAUCGCCCGGGUGCCAUCAAACCGCCCCAACUGCAGGGCCCAGCCAGCACCUCGGGGUGCCCCACGUGUUGGGAGCUGGGGGCUGAGCCGGCACGGGGUAUGGGCACGGACACGGGCACGAACACGGACACGCUUUCGGGUUGUUUUGCCUUUGUAACGGCCGGGAAGGAACUGCUGCACCACC